AUGGCCAAAGUGUUUGCUGUAGUGCUGCUGCUCCUCAAUGCUCUGGGACCAAAUACAGGAAUCAAACUGGAUGGAAAUGGAUACACUGACAUUCUCAUAGCCAUCAACCCAGCUGUACCUCAAAAUGAAGAGAUCAUAAAUCAAAUCAAGGAAAUGACUACCAGUGCAUCAAAGUAUCUGUUUCAAGCUUUAGACAACCUGCUGUUCUUCAAGGAGGUGAAAAUACUUGUACCACCAAAUUGGAGCGGAACAUAUGAGCGAAUAAGAAGAGAAACCUAUGAUAAGGCUAAUGUAAUCAUUGAUUACCCACACCCAGCAUAUGGUGAUGAGCCAUACACUAAACAGAUAAAAGGUUGUGGAGAAGAGAGCGAGUACAUUCACUUCACCCCAAACUUCCUCUUAAAUGAUGAUCUUCUUAUUGCAUAUGGGCCUAGAGGAAGGGUUUUUGUGCAUGAAUGGGCUCACCUCAGGUGGGGGGUGUUUGAUGAAUAUAAUGAGAGAGAGUCAUUCUACAUGUCUGACAACCAGGCCCAUAAGACAAGAUGCACUGGGCAGAUAACUGGCCAGAGAUACGAAGUGAUCAAUGGAAAAUAUCUGUGUUGCCGCUAUGAUGAAACUGGGUUACCCACAAAGGAAUGUCAGUUCUUUCCAGACAAAGAGCAACAAGCAAGUACCUCAAUAAUGUACAUGCAAAGUUUAGAUUCUGUGACAACAUUUUGUCAAACAGGGGAACAUAAUGCUGAAGCCCUAAACAUGCAGAACCAGAAAUGUGACAACAAACCUACACGUACAGUGAUUUUUCAAGACUCUGUAGACAAAGACGCCCUUCAGACUUUAAAACCUCUACAAUCCCCACCACCACCCCCAACAUUCAGGGUGAUCCAGAAGCAAAAUCGGGUCAUCUGUCUCAUCCUUGAUGUCUCUGGAAGCAUGCAGGGCCAGAGAAUAUUUCGACUACGACAAGCUGCUUCGCUGUUCCUAAGUGAGAUUGUGGAGGAUGGAGCAUAUGUGGGCAUUGUCAAGUUUAGUACUGCUGCAGACAUUAUAAGUUCAUUGACUAAAAUAGAAGGUAAAUUUUCAAGACACAGUUUAAUUAAUAAGUUGCCAACAGCUGCGUCUGGAUCAACCAAUAUGUGUACAGGUCUUGCACUAGGUUCUGAGGUACUCAAGAAAGAUGAUCAAAGUACAGAAGGAGAUAAUGUGAUUUUUCUGACAGAUGGUGAAGCGACAGAUGAUAUUCAGAGUUGUUUACAGUCAGCUGUGGACAGUGGUGCCAUCAUCAACACGGUAGCACUUGGUCCAGCAGCCUCUAAUGUGCUGGUAACCAUGGCGGAUCUAACAGAUGGAAAGUUCUUCUUCGCUGAUGAGAGUUUGCUUUCCAACCAACUUGUGGAUGCCUUCUCUUCAUUUACAAUGUCAGAUGGAGAUCCCACCAAACAGACAAUUCAGCUUGAGAGCACUGGAACGAUUACUACCAACUGGUUCAAUGGAACAGUGCCCAUAGACCGCACUGUGGGAAACAGCACCACCUUUACAAUAAUCUACGAAAGAAGUGCACCCACAGUGUACAUACAGACACCAAGUGGUUCAGUGUAUGAUCAGAAUGAUCAGACUCAUGUCACCGAUAACGCAGCAAUAAAGACAAUCACUUUAAAUGUUCCUGGAACUGCAGAGCCUGGAGACUGGAGAUACAGCUUCCUCAACACAGAAUCAACUGCUCAGACUAUGACUUUAACAGUAACAAGUCGGGCAGCACGUGGCAACGUUCCACCAGUCAUGGUUAAAGCCCAAAUAAGCCAGCCAACCAGUGAUGGCAGUAAACCUGUGGUAGUUUUUGCUGGGGUCAGUCAGAAUUACCUUCCUGUGCUGGGGGCCAAAGUCAUAGCCACCCUGCAGUCAGAUACUGGACAUUCAGAAAAAUUAAACCUCUUGGAUAACGGAGCAGGAGCUGAUGCUUUUAAGGAUGAUGGCAUCUAUUCUAGAUAUUUCAUAAAACUACAGAAUGGAAGGUACAGUCUGAAAGUGCAGGUUAUACACCAAGGUGGAGUCAUCAGUGGUUCACACAACAGAAACAGUGGUGCUCUGUAUGUCCCUUGUUAUAGUGUGCAUGGUCAAGUACAGCGAAACCCUGAGAAGCCCCCAGUAAAUGUGCAGUUGGCAGAUGUUGGCAGCUUCACUAGAACAGUCACUGGAGAGAGCUUUGUGGCGAAAGUCCCACCAGGUGAAAUCCCAGACUUCCCUCCCAACAAGAUCAUAGAUCUGAGGGCGGAAAUGCGGGAGGACACUGUGCUUCUCAACUGGACGGCUCCUGGCGAGGACUUUGAUCAAGGAACAGCUGAAUCUUAUGAAAUUAGAUGGAGCAAAUAUUUGGAGACACUUCAGAGCAACUUCAGAAAAGCUAAUCUAAUAAACACAUCUGCACUCCAACCACAAGAGGCAGGUUCAGAUGAACAGUUUUCCUUCCUGCCCGAUGUCAUAAUCCAAAAUGGGACCACUCUGUACUUUGCUGUUCGGUCAGAGGACAAGGAGGCAGUGAAGUCUGAGAUAUCUAACAUUGCUCGAGUGACAAAGUUUGUACCAAGUCCUAAACCUUCAGUAAUUUCAAAUCAAGGCCUGAACCUGACCACUAUUAUGGUCUCAGUCUGUGUAGUAUCUGUUUUGGCAUGUCUCGUAGUUGCUGUAACCAUUCUGGCAAUGAAACGAAAGAAAGCUGGCAGAGCAAUUUAA